GCUACUUUUUGAGCGUCAGCUCGCUACUUUUAGCAAUUUGGAUCUGGCAACCCUGGUGUAGAGGCGAGCGUGGCGGCCAGUCUUGUGUUGUGGAGCUCCCUCUAGGGUCACCUGCCCUCUCCCUCCCUCGCCACCAUGAAGCCUAUUAUGCUUCAAGGUCAUGAGCGUUCCAUAACGCAAAUCAAGUUUAACCGUGAAGGCGACUUGCUGUUCUCGGCAUCAAAAGACCCCAAGCCAAAUGUGUGGUAUUCCAUCAAUGGAGAACGGUUGGGGACCUAUGAUGGCCAUUCUGGUGCAGUCUGGUCCAUUGACGUCAAGUGGGACAGUACUCUGUUUGUAACGGGCUCGGCAGAUCAAACCAUGAGACUCUGGGAUAUCGAAACUGGUUCUGGCAUGGCAAACUUAGAAAUGAAGACCUCUGUUCGUGGUGUCAGUUUUUCAUACUCUGGCACCAUGAUUGCAUACACUACUGACAAAAUGAUGGGCCAUAAUUCAGAACUCAAUAUUAUUGAUGUUCGGGAACCAAAUGAUGUUGAUGCUACCCCAAUCAUGAAGACACAAGUGACUCCUACCUAUGCCAAGGCAUUAUCGGUUCUCUGGGGUCCUUUAGACGAGUAUGUGGUGACUGGACACGAGGAUGGGUGUAUCAUCAAAUGGGACAUGCGCACGGGAAAAAAGAUGGAGGUUGGGCAGGAGCACACCAAGCAGAUCAAAGAUAUGCAACUAAGCCAUGAUGGCAUGAUGCUAAUCACGGCUAGCAAGGACACUACUGCACGUCUAUGGGACUUAGCCACUCUGGAACCCCUAAAGAUGUACAAAACAGACAGACCCGUCAACUCGGCUGCAAUUUCUCCACUCGUAGAUACAUAUCCUCAUGUUGUCAUGGGUGGUGGUCAAGAAGCGAUGGAUGUCACAACAACAUCAUCAAGAAUUGGAAAGUUUGAUGCUCGUUUCUUCCACCUUGUAUUUGAAGAGGAGUUUGCUCGCGUAAAAGGUCACUUCGGUCCCAUCAACUCCAUAUCUUUCCACCCUAACGGAAGAGGUUAUGCUAGUGGUGGUGAAGAUGGCUAUGUUCGUGUUCAUGUAUUUGAUGAUGCUUAUUAUCAGUUUAAAUUUGACUUCUAAUAAAUUCUGACAAAAAAAGGUAUUUUUUUCACUCGACCAUAAAGGGGGAUUAAUUUGGCUGAGGUAAGCCUUAAAUUACAACUUACUAGGAAGGGUGGAGGGUACGUUCUGCUGCAAUAUUUCACAGGAAAGUUUAAGAGGUGGAAAAACAUAGUUGAUAAGUAAACCAGAAACUUAAAAUAGUUUUUGAACUACUGUACUGUAUACUGUAGUUGUAUAGUUAUACAUAGUUGUAUUACAAUUUCUGAAUAAAUUUAAUUUGUGUA